AUGCCAUAUUUCCCCAUCUUAAAAAGCUUUGGAAAGCUGUGUGGCUCAGGUGAAGAACUGGUGCUGGAAAAAGUGAAAUUUCAAAAUUCAGUCAGAAGGAUGUCAAUAAUUGAGGAUGGGGAUAUUGCAGAGGUCUUGUAUCUCAUUCCCAAGCAGAGCUUGCUGAAGCAACUGCCCUACUUGAAUCCAGAUGACUACUACUUGUGUGAGCAGUUAUAUGACACUCCUGAGCAUCUGGUGGCCCAUCCUCAGGAGCCCCACCACCCCUCUGAGAAGCCAGUCAUCCACUGCCACAAAUGUGGGGAGCCCUGUAAAGGGGAGGUGCUCCGUGUUCAAGCCAGACACUUCCACAUCAAAUGCUUCACCUGCAAAGUGUGUGGCUGUGACCUGGCACAAGGAGGCUUUUUCAUUAAGAAUGGAGAAUAUCUCUGCACCCUGGACUACCAGCGCAUGUACGGCACCCGCUGCAAUGGCUGUGGGGACUUCGUGGAAGGCGAAGUAGUGACAGCUCUGGGGAAAACUUACCAUCCAAGCUGCUUUGCCUGUACUGUCUGCAAGCGUCCAUUCCCACCAGGAGAUCGAGUUACCUUUAAUGGAAGGGACUGUCUCUGUCAGAUGUGUGCUCAGCCGAUGUCCUCCAGCCCAAGAGAGCUGUCUGCCUCAAGCAAUUGUGCUGGCUGUGGAAGAGACAUCAAAAAUGGACAAGCAUUGCUAGCCCUGGAUAAGCAGUGGCACCUGGGGUGCUUUAAGUGCAAGGCCUGUGGGAAGGUCCUAACUGGGGAAUACAUCAGCAAAGAUGGUGCUCCUUACUGUGAAAAGGACUACCAAGUUCUUUUUGGAGUCAAGUGUGAAGCAUGUCACCAGUUCAUUACUGGGAAAGUCCUAGAGGCAGGUGACAAGCACUAUCACCCAAGCUGUGCACGAUGCAGCAGAUGCAACCAAAUGUUCACAGAAGGAGAAGAAAUGUAUCUGCAAGGUUCCACUGUCUGGCAUCCCGACUGUAAGCAAUCCACUAAGACUGAGGAGAAGCUCCGGCCUACAAGAACAUCAUCAGAAAGCAUUUAUUCCAGACCAGGUUCCAGUAUACCUGGCUCUCCAGGCCACACUAUCUAUGCAAAAGUAGACAAUGAAAUCCUUGAUUACAAGGAUUUAGCAGCCAUUCCCAAAGUCAAGGCCAUUUAUGACAUUGAACGUCCAGACCUAAUUACUUAUGAGCCAUUCUACACCUCCGCCUACGAGGACAGACAGGAGAGACAGAGUCUUGGAGAGUCUCCAAGGACAUUAUCACCUACCCCUUCUGCAGAAGGCUACCAGGACGUGCGGGACCGCAUGAUUCACAGGUCGACCAGCCAGGGCUCCAUCAACUCUCCCGUCUACAGCCGGCACAGCUACACCCCCACCAUGUCCCGUUCCCCCCAGCACUUCCACAGACCUGGCAAUGAGCCGUCCAGCGGUCGGAACUCCCCUGUCCCCUAUCGGCCUGACAGUCGCCCUCUCACUCCAACUUACGCUCAGGCCCCUAAACAUUUCCAUGUUCCAGAUCAAGGUGUCAACAUUUACAGGAAACCGCCCAUCUACAAACAACACGAUGCAGCUGCCUUGGCAGCACAGAGCAAGUCCUCCGAGGAUAUCAUCAAGUCCUCCAAGUUCCCAGCAGCUCAUGCACCAGCACCCAACGAGAUACCAAAGAUUGAGACUGACCACUGGCCAGGCCCUCCCUCCCUGGCUGCCAUAGGAGCUGACAUGAGACGCAGAUCAAGUGGAAGGGAGGAGGAUGAUGAGGAGCUGCAGAGACGCCGGCAGCUGCAGGAGGAGCAGCUCAUGAAGCUCAACUCUGGUCUGGGACAGUUAAUAUUGAAGGAAGAGAUGGAGAAGGAGAGUCGGGGUAGGUCAGCCCUUUCUGCCAGUCGUUACGAUUCUCCAGCACAUGCUUCAGCCUCCAAAACCUCUUCUCUCCCUGGGUAUGGAAAAAAUGGACUUCACAGGCCGGUCUCUACGGAUUUUGGUCAGUACAACAGUUAUGGGGAUGUGAGUGGUGCUGUUAGAGAUUUCCAGUCCCUCCCGGAUGGUCAUGUCCCUGGAAUGAGAAUGGACAGAGGAGUAUCUAUGCCUAACAUGUUGGAGCCAAAGAUUUUUCCAUAUGAAAUACUCAUGGUGACCAACAGAGGGCGAAAUAAAAUACUAAAAGAUGUAGACAGAACCAGGCUGGAGCGUCACUUAGCACCUGAAGUUUUUCAAGAAAUAUUUGGCAUGACGAUACAGGAGUUUGACAAGUUACCUCUCUGGAGACGCAACGACAUGAAGAAAAAAGCAAAACUCUUUUAAUCUCCCUUUAAACAAAUCAACCACAAAUGAUGCAUAGAAUAUUCUAUCACACAGUCCAAACUGUUUGGAAGCAACUACUUACCCACCAAAAAGGGAAAAUCAACAUAGUGGCACCUCUGCAGUUGAACAAGAUGAACAUUUGCCCUCCUGGAAUGCAGGGAGAAAAUAUCUGGGCUCAGAAACAGCAAUGAUAGUUUUCAGAGGUGUCAGCCUGUAACCUGGUAUUAUACAAGAUAGAAAACAGUUCUGUUCUUCUCCCUCAAUGAUAUUCCCUUUACUUCUCUCCACAAUAUGAUGGACUUAAUUGCUAGAGCCAGGAAGUGCCCUUAGGAUGCCUUGCAGACUAAAGUAGUUGUAACCACUCCAAGAACUGGAAGAGAAUAUAUACAUAUAUAAAUAUAUAUAUAUAUAUGUAUGCGUGUUUGCCUGUGUGAGCACAUGUAUUUAUAUCUCUCCAUCUAUCUCUGUGUGUGUGUAUGUGUGUAUAUAUGUGUGUAUAUAUGGAGAGGGACGUAGGUAGGUCUGUAGUGAAGGAGAAACCCCUUGUAACUUAUCCACGUGGCCACAUUAAGUCUUUCACCCACCUGUUUCUUACUUGGCACUCUUUUGACACGGCGUCUUCUUCGUGUAACACAACCUGUGGUGGUGGGCACUCUGUUCACCUGCAGGACACAUCACUUGGAUUUCUGGACUCCUUGUAAAUAUUUGCUAGGAUAUAAGAAGUGAAUUGCUGUGUGUGUGUUGUCAGUCUUCCCUCUUCCACACUUUCUGCUUGAAUUAAUAAGACUGGAGCUUAACCAGUCUUUUGAAUAAUUUAAGAUCACUUAAGUAAUGGGAAUGAUGGAGAAGAGUCAGUUUUCUUGUAAUUUACUCCAGGAGGUGGGUGGAUGGGGGUGGGAGUGACAGAGUGAGAAAAUGCUAUUUUAAGUGUGCCCUGGUUUGCACCCAGAGAUUUCAGGACAAACUCCCUGCUAGUAAUUACUAGUACAGCUCAUCAGGCUGCAGUGGAGUUGUAGGAUUUACAACGGCAGGGAGGAUGGUUCUCUGCAAGCUAACAUGCAAUUUCAUCCCUCUUAGGGAGGAAUGUUGAUGAAUUAAAAGGUACCUUCAAGGUGCCAAGCUCUGCCAAUAGAGGCUUUUUGAUUAAACUGCAGUAGCUGUUGUCAAUAUGGCACAGUGCAUGGGGCCAAGCACUCAUUUUAGUUAGUGUAGGUUUUCACUUGUGCUUGGAACAGAGGGCACAGACUUUUUAUUUCUUUUCUUGAAGCAUCAAAGCUCCAGCCUUGGUUAUUUUUAUUUCCCUUUGUGCCUGACUUGGUUUUUGAAGACAGAGUAAUCAUGCAAGACAGUUUCUGAGCUGCAUUGAACUCGUUAUUGCUUUCAGUCUUCUUCCAAUAUGCUGCAGCUUGAAAAACUGCCUGUAUAUACCUUAACUGCUUCUGGGCAAGUCCUGUACAGAGGAGGACAUGAGCACCAAAGUAAUUGAAUGGAUGCAUUGUGGCUGCCAGGUCAGCUUUUUCUCUUCCUUGGUGCUUAACUGCCAAUGCAUAACUGCACUAAUGAGCCUUUCUCCUGAUAGGAGAGGGUUAUUUAGGUUCUGUGUCUGUCAAAGAAUAUCAAGGUUUCCUUUUUCAUGCAGAAGUUUCAGGCACUGGAGACAUCAGAACCUUUGUAUUUUCUGUUAUAUGAGACAUUGGUGUUAAAAUCUGGAAGUCAGGAAGAGGAAACAGUCCCGUGUAGUUCUGAGAUUCAGUAUCACUGUGUUGAGUUCUCUGUAUCACCAAAUGACAUUUCACCAUCAGCUGUGCAGGACAGCCCAAACCUGCCUCUUCUUUGCUGGUUUAGGAAGUCCUGUUGUGACAGAUCACUGUGGUUCCUUUGAUGAAAUCUGAGAUGGAGAUUCAGUAGGGGAGAGACAGAGACCAGGGCUCAGCACCUGCCCCAUGUCCCAAGAGCUAUGGGAAUGUCUCCAGCUCUGUGGGACAAGCUGGAGAACGUGCCACCAAGGAUGGGGCAUCAUCCCCACUGAACAGGAGGCCCUGGGGACACUGUGACACACGCUCUUGUGAGUGAGCUCUCUGGGUGGCACCGAGGUUGCAGCAGGGGUCAGGGUAGCAUGUUUCACCUCAUUUUUCAGAACAUGCAUCUGAAAGGUUUUUAGAGGAGCUCUGAGAAGUAAAUGGGAGUAUCAGGGGCUUGGGCAGGUUGAAAUGCAUUUUUGAGUGACUGCUGAAACCAAAUCCAUACAGUGAAAGAGCAGCAGUGUUUUACACUCACAGACUUUGUGAAUGCUGGGAUCUCCGAAAUUCAGUGUUUGGUCGCCUGCAAGGUGUGGCUUAACUUUGACAUUUGAGUUUUAAUGCAUUUAAAUUAUUAAAAUUCUCCACAUUUUGUCAUCCCACAUCCUACAGACACUCAAACUAUUAGCCAUUACAGGUCUUUCAGUUCAAGCUGCCUUGACCAUACCCCUUUUAGACCUGAAGAGUUGCUCUCUCAAGGAUGUGAGCUGCCAGUCUGCAUUUUUCUGUCCCCAUCUCUGUGUUACUACUGAACUUCUCAGCACAUAUGAACACACUACCCAGUCAUUUCAGAAAUGACUAAGCCAGGCUGUUUUCUUACCU